AUGGGGAACCCAUUUGCUCGAUACGCUUCCGCGCCGCCACCCCAAGGCAGCUCGGUAUCUACACUGACUCUGGACAUCUAUUUCCCCUUUUCCAAAGACUCCACCAAGCCACUUUCUGUCACCGUACGGAAAGAUGUUUCGGUUGACGAGCUGAUUGGAUGGGCUCUGCACCAAUAUCUGGAAGAAGAUCGGAGUCCUGGAUUGGAGGAAGGCCACGAGAGGGGACCGAAUCGCGGCUUCGAUCCCGAGGUGUGGUACAGCACAAUAGGGUGGGCUCUGAGGAUGGUAGAGGAUGAUGGAGAAGUCGAUGAAGACUUUCCGGCACUCGACCGGGAGAGCCAAGUCAGCAAAUUCUCCUUUGGAAGUUUCGCUGUGGUCGAAGCGACCCCUACGCAAAUCGAGCAAAGUCUGGCGAAACAGCCUCUUCAAAGAUCAGGGAGGGCUACGCCUCAGAUCCAACAACAUUCUCAGCUUGGCGGAUCGAUGAUAUCUCCAACAGCGACUCCGGUCAACAACGCUCCGGCUGCGGCUGGGCCAUCGUUUUCUGCAUCUACGCUCGGCGCUCCUUCACGCAACGCUUUGCUGAACACGCCUGCAGCCAACGCAUAUGGGGGACUCAACGCAUCUGUGGGCACUGCAGCAGUAGGCGGCGUUAUAGUAUCCCUCAAGGUCCGAGUGAUACUCGCCUCGGACCUUCAAUUCAGUACUACGAUCAGCGUGCCGUCCGAGAUGUACUUUGCAGACAUCACCGAAGCACUCAUCCGCAAGAAGAAUCUUACCCCACCUCUUCCGGAGGAAUGGGUCCUUGUUUUGGGUGAUCUAUCUAUGGUCCUCCCUCUGGAUCGGACGGUGGAGAGCCUGAUGGGCAACGUUCAACUCGCUUUAGUGAGGAAGGAAUGGGCACAGACCCACGGCCUGGCAGUAGCCAAAGCCAACGAGCGUCUCGGGGGUGAUCCGAGCACCUCUAUAUUCAAGCGUCGAUCGGAAGCACCUCGACAAUCUUCGCCUAGAGCGGACAUCACCUCAACGUACAAAAAGUUCAUUGUACAGCGCAAGAUGCCUAUCGGCCGCCACGAGCGGAUCUUGGCAAUCGACGGCGACUAUAUACACGUGAGCCAUCUGGCUGACGCGCGAUGCCGCUUACCACCUACUCAUACGCUGUUACGAGAUACCAGAUAA